UUUAAAAGCCGAGCCUUUAGCCUCGGUCCGUCACACGUUUGGAUCUCAGGCUGGCGACAACACGUUCCGAACCGCCGCCGCUGCCGAACCGGAGCUUUUUCAGACAAAAAGUCGCCUCACAUUGUUUUAAUAGAAAGAAAUAUUUCCGCACCGGGGAAGUGGCUUUUUUUUUUUUUUUUUUUUUGUCUUUCUCGUUCAUGACAGCAACAUAUCCUGGUCGGGUUCGUGUUCUCCUUUCCACCCAGAACCGAACCUACAGGUCUGAUUUGUUUUUUGUUUUUUGGUCCUGAUCGGAAGGCAGCGGCGCUCUGCAGACAGAACCUCUCUGCUUUUGGUUGCGUCCGGUUCCUGAGUCCAAACAACGCGUCGCACUUUCACCCCGGAGGAUUUUAUAGCAUGAUUCUUUGUGAACGAGGACCCACGUCUCUUCUCCCUGCUGCUCCAUCCUCUCAGGCCCCGUGGGGCAUGCGGGAGGGAACAGCCGCCAUUGCCCCGUGCUUUCAGAGCAAACCCCCAAAAUGGGACCCCACCAAGGACCUGCAGGCCAUCGCCAGCAACUUCUGCUACCUAGAAAAUUCAGGUUGGUACUGGGGAGCCAUCACUGCAGCCCAGGCCCACGCCGCCCUGCAGGACACCCCGGAGGGAGCCUUCCUGGUGCGGGACAGCAGCCACCCUCUGUACAUGCUGACCCUGUCGGUCAGGACGGCGCGCGGACCCACCAGCAUCCGGAUCCAGUACAGCAGCGCCCAGUUCCUGCUGGACUCCAGCUCCGGGGCGCGGGCCAGCCUCUCGUCCUUCCCCAACGUCCCCAGCUUGGUGCAGCACUACAUGGGGGCGGAGCGGAAAGCGGAGGAGCGGAGGGCGGAGGAGCAGGCGGCGCCGGCGAAACCCUCCGAGCCGUCGGCCCAGGAGGCGUCAGUGGUGCUGAAGCUGAAGCGGGCCGUGUACAAACCUCAGAACCUCCCGACUCUGCAGCACCUGACACGCCUCGUCAUCAACAAACACAGCGCCGGCGUGGAGCAGCUGCCGCUCCCCAAGCCGCUGCUGCGUUUCCUGCAGGACUACCCCUUCAAGGUGUGAGCAGGAGCGGCGCUGAACUGACCCGAUUUACGCUAGAGGAGGAGACUCUGAGCAGCAGGUAGUUCGGACCUGCGGAGGCCAGUCACAGAGACGUUCUGACGUGUCUGGCUUCGGACUUCAACCCUCCUGUGGAGAGCAGGAGGUCGGUACUGUAGGCUCCUCAGACAUGGACGUCUGGAUGUACAUACUGGUUAAGAAAUGACACUGAUUUCACUGAGACGUCUUUCAUGCCAUUUUAUUUUUCUCAGCAAAAGCAUUUUUGUACUUUUUACAUGUGUAAAUUUUUUUCUAUUAAAACUGGAACUUACAAUUUC